CGGGACCGGGUUUGAAACGUCAUCGCCAACCUUGCAUGUUUACUGUGUGUUUUCCACGCGGUUCUCCAACCAGAGAACUAUUUCAAAAAACGUUUAUUUUCAGUAAUAUUUCUCAUAACUACGGUUCACUUUCGUUCGUUUUUUUUCACCUCACUGCCAAGGUGCCGAACAGAUCACGCAAGAUCAUCGCAAGCCGAGCGAGAGAUUUUGCGGCUGUACCGCGCAAGAUCGGUGGAAAACUCGGACCGAUCGUUUCACGAUCACGACCACCACUGUAAGUGGGUGGUGUGAACAUUUUCCCUCUCGCGGACCGACCGAGAUCGGCUCCAACUGUAUAAGCAACAGCGCUGCUCGUGCGGAUAACCAGUCAGUUUUUCACACGCAUCCAGCGUAGAUAGUAUCUUGCCGGUGGUUGCUUUGUUUCGGUUGCCGGAGAACUCUGAUUCGCAAGGAUUUGCCGGCGCACGGUUGCAGUUGCAGUGAGCAGCAAAACAAACAGAUUGAAACGCGCACGUUCAGGCACUAGCAGUGUACCCUUCAUCACCAUUGGUGCCAGCAGCAGAAUAAUGGACGAUUCGUGCGACGAGGAGAUGAUUUCGGAACGCUCAACCAUUACCGUCGAGUUCAGUGGUGGAGCGGAAACUCUUUUCGGUGGUGUGAAGGAACACAUCGUACCGUUGGAAGGAUCAAAAAUAGUAUUGCUCGAGGAAAUGCUACGAUGGCUGAGGGAUAAUCUGCUGACGGGCGAUGCCAGCCUAUUCCUCCAGGAUCACACCGUGCGGCCCGGCAUCCUGGUCAUGAUCAACGAUACCGAUUGGGAUCUGAUGGGUGAAACGGAGUACAUCCUUCAGCCGGGCGAUCACAUUCUCUUCAUUUCCACCCUCCAUGGCGGAUAAGCAUCACCAUGGUCGGAAAAGCUACCAAGUGAUAAAACUACCUUCUAAUUUUACUACUAAUACUGUGCACAGUUCGUACUGCUGCUAAUACUACUACAAACUACUGCUCGCUAAAGGAACAGAUUAGAGCGAGUUUGUUUUAUUAUUAUUUUCGGUUAAGAUUGGUUCUAGUGUUAAGAAUGAACAGGCUUUCCUCCUAUUCGCGGUGCGCUGUUCAUGCGCAAAACAACAAAACAAAAGGACAAACAAUUAAUUCACCCCGCGAUGAUCAGCAACCGUCCUGCGUAAGACGAUGCGCCGGUGCUGAUAAUAGAAAGCAGGCUUACCAGUUUCUCGGGUGGCAAAAAAAAAAAACGAAUCGCGAAGCUUCGAGAGCUGUAGAGAGCUAAUUGAUUAAAUGAUGUAAGCAUUAAGGCUGGCGAGGAGAACCCAUCUGUUGGGGAUAAGAAACAGAGAGAGAGAGAGAGAGAGAGGAGGAAAAUCAACCCGUUUGAUCCUACUUUUUUCUCUACUUCGUUCGGUAAUGCUAAGCAGAUCACGCACGGCUGUACUUGUACUGUUUCUGUACCGCGUGAUGCGUAAUCAUUCGUUCGGAUUCUGCAGUUUCCCACUAACCAGCCAGGGAAGCUCGUUUUUAUUUGUUUAUGAUUAUCGUACUGAAGACGAGGGAGAGAGAGAGAGAGCAGGCGUCAGUGUUAGGCAAAUGUAAAAAGUUAAUGGACAAAAUAUACCCUAUAUAAGUUGAUUACUUCA